AUGGAAAGCGGCCAGAAGCCCUACACGCAGCUCCCCGAUAGCCUGGAUAUGGAGCCGCUGCCGCAGGGUGCCACCGUGGUGCCGGUACCACCGGCCGUCCUGCCAGCCACCCUGCCACCCCGGGACUUCCUCGCCUGGUCCCUCGGCAGCCUCAUGUACUUCAACUGCUGCUGCCUUGGCCUCAUGGCCGUCAUCUUCUCCAUCAAGUCCAGGGACCGCAAAAUGCUCGGCGACCACAGCGGCGCCCUCAGCUACGGCUCCACCGCCAAAGGCCUCAACAUCUGUCGCUAG